AUAGCCAAAACAGUGCAUGUGGGUGACAUGAUAGUCAUACUUAGUAUACCCAAAGCGUAUAAAAACAGUAUAUUUACAUGAAUCCUAAUAAAUCGAGUAAUAAUGAGUACCUUUAUCCACAAUAUGCAAAUUAAAGAUGGGGAGUAUACAAAGACCAUUUAUACAAUGAUAAAAGAGCAAAGGUAUACUGAAACCAUACAUGUCUUGACAGUACUUCUGGAUUCCUAUUCUAGUUCAAGACCAUGUUUAUCUCUUCUGGCAUAUUGUUACUUUUAUACUCAAGAUUUUCUUUCUGCUGCUAACUGCUAUGAAAAAUUAGUACAAAUAUGUCCUGAUGAAGCAAUAUACAAAUUAUAUUAUGCUCAAGCUUUACACCAAGCUUGUUUAUACCAAGAAGCUUGGUCUGUUUGUGCAAGUAUUGCAAAUAAUCCAAGCUUAGAAACAAAAGUAAAAAAACUUCAAGCAGCUAUCAAAUAUGGGCAAGAAGAUACCGUAGCUGCAAAAAGUUAUGUAGACCAGUGCCCCCCAGAUGAUAUUGAUACAGAAAUUAAUUUUGGGUGUCUCAUGUAUCAGGAAGGAGAAUACGAGCAAGCAUUAAAGAAGUUUUCUAAUGCUUUGCAUACAGCUGGAUUUCGACCUCAUUUGUCGUAUAAUGUAGCACUGUGUUACUAUAGAUUAAAAGAAUAUGCAGCAUCAUUAAAGCAUAUUGCUGAUAUAAUUGAACAAGGUAUAAGAGAACAUCCCGAAUUGAGUGUUGGAAUGACUACUGAAGGUAUAGAAGUAAGAAGUGUUGGCAAUACCUUGACUUUGCAUGAAACAGCUCUAACAGAAGCUUUUAAUUUAAAAGCAGCUAUAGAAUACCAACUGAAAAAUUAUGAAGCAGCAAGAGAAGCAUUGACGGAUAUGCCUCCACGAUCAGAAGAAGAAUUAGAUGCUGUAACCCUACAUAAUCAAGCUUUGAUUAAUAUGGACUUGAAACCAAGUGAAGGCUUCGAGAAAAUGCAGUUUUUGUUACAACAAAAUCCUUUUCCACCUGAGACAUUUGCUAAUAUAUUAUUAAUGUACUGCAAAUAUCAAUAUUAUGAAUUGGCAGCUGAGGUUCUUGCUGAGAAUGUUCAUUUGACUUACAAAUACUUAAGCCCAUACCUGUACGACUUUUUGGAUGCGCUGAUCACGCAACAAACUUCUCCGGAAGAAGCUUACAGGAAAUUCGAUGAUCUCGCUAAUAAGCACACCGAAGUUUUACGAAAAGCCACCAAGCAAGUGCAAGAAGCAAGACUGAAUCACGACGAAAACGCCGUAAAAAAAGCGGUGAACGAUUACGAAGAUGCGCUUGAAAGAUACGUUCCGGUUUUGAUGGCUCAAGCGAAAAUUUUCUGGGAUUUGGGAAAUUACACGCAAGUAGAGAAAAUCUUUAAAAAGAGCGUGGAAUUUUGCAACGAGCACGAAAUCUGGAAAUUGAACGUUGCGCACACGGUGUUUAUGCAGGAAAAUAAAUUCAAAGACGCAGUUGGUUUUUACGAGCCUAUUGUGAAGAAGAAAUACGACAAUAUUUUAGAUGUCAGUGCUAUAGUUUUAGCGAAUUUGUGUGUGAGCUACAUCAUGAACACUCAAAAUAGUGAAGCUGAGCAGCUUAUGAAGAAAAUUGAGAAAGAAGAGGAAGCGGUCUCUUUUGAGGAGCAGGAUAAGAAAUUGUUCCAUUUAUGCAUCGUUAAUUUAGUAAUAGGAACCCUCUACUGUGCAAAAGGCAAUUAUGAGUUUGGUAUUUCAAGGGUAAUGAAAAGCUUGGAACCUUAUAAUAAAAAACUUGGCACAGAUACAUGGUACUAUGCCAAGAGGUGCUUUUUGUCACUUUUUGAACAAUUAGCAAAACAACUAGUUGUUUUGAAAGAUAAUACUUUGCAAGAUUGCAUUCAAUUUUUUGAACACUGCGAAGUGUAUGGAAGAGAUAUACCAACAGUGCUAGAACCACUAUUCGAAUUACAAGAGAUGUCACCAAUGCCAAAAGCAAAAGAAACAGUUACCUAUGAAGCAAGAUAUUUGAAAGCAUUAUUUUUAAAAUACCAGAUGACAUAGAUGGAUAAUAUUUUACAUGAUAAAACGUGUUUUUAUAUUUGAAUAACAAAAUGAAUAAAUUAUACCAAAAAUAGAAACUUUA